AUGUUUCUGCUGCAUUUUAUUUCAACAGGAAUCUUGUGUCUCCCCAGACCAGAGACUCUGUAUCUCCCCAGACCAGAUACUGUAUCUCCCCAGACCAGAGACUGUAUCUCCCCAGACCAGAGACUGUAUCUCCCCAGACCAGAGACUCUGUAUCUCCCCAGACCAGAGACUGUAUCUCCCCAGACCAGAGACUCUGUAUCUCCCCAGACCAGAGACUCUGUAUCUCCCCAGACCAGAGACUCUGUAUCUCCCCAGACCAGAGACUCUGUAUCUCCCCAGACCAGAGACUCUGUAUCUCCCCAGACCAGAGACUCUGUAUCUCCCCAGACCAGAGACUCUGUAUCUCCCCAGACCAGAGACUCUGUAUCUCCCCAGACCAGAGACUCUGUAUCUCCCCAGACCAGAGACUCUGUAUCUCCCCAGACCAGAGACUGUAUCUCCCAAGACCAGAGACUGUAUCUCCCCAGACCAGAGACUCUGUAUCUCCCCAGACCAGAGACUCUGUAUCUCCCCAGACCACCUUUUUAGUGCAAAGAGAAAAGCACUCCUAGAUUCCUUAUAGCCUUUUAUUUAAUAUUAAUAUUAAUAUUUAAAUACUGUUAUUGGGAUUUGAAACCUCUAAAGCUUUUCAAGAGCCAAAAGCCAAGACAAAUGAACUACCAUUAUGCUAUAUACUGUAUGACAUUGAUAUAAACAAGAUACAGUACUAUUCUCACUGUGUUAUGUGCCUCAUCCAUUCCAAACCCUUGUAUUGUUUCCAACAGAGCAACGCCUGUGAAGUGUGUCUGUAAGUGAAAAGGUUAUGUUUUCUUAGGUAACCAAAAAUGUGUUUAUCAAUCAAUGAGGUCUGUAUCACUUUUGGUGAAAAGAAGAACUGAAUAUAUUAAAACUGUAAAGUGAA